UAGAGUUAUGUUCCUUGUGACGUCAUUACUUGUGAUUGUUGGUCAUCGCCUGAAGUCUUUCCCAACGACAGUCUUCGGAGUCAAAGCGUCUACGAUAUUAUAGUUUUACGAUAUUAUAGACAAAAUAAUCCACGGAAAACAGUCAUUAUGGAAGAUAUGAUCUUUCAGCUCCGUUUCACAACUCGACAGCUGGAAAGGCUAGCAGCAAAAUCUGAGAAAGAACAAAAACUCCAGCAGACGAAAGUAAAAAAGGCGCUUCAGCAGAAGAACAUUGAAGGAGCCAAAAUUUAUGCAGAAAAUGCUAUCCGUAAGAAAAAUGAAGGCCUGAACUAUCUGCGAUUUGCUGCUCGUGUGGAUGCUGUACAAGCCAAAGUGCAGACAGCAAUGUCAAUGAAAACAGUAGCUAAAGAUAUACAAGGUGUUUGCAAAUCUUUAGACAAAGCAAUGGCAUCUAUGGACUUGCAAAAGAUUGACCAAAUUAUGUCCAAGUUUGAGAAGCAGUUUGAAGACCUUGAUGUUCGAACUUCGACCAUGGAGUCAUCAAUGGGAGCAGCAAUGACCUUGUCAACACCUCAGGAUCAGGUGGAGGCAUUGAUCCAGCAGGUGGCUGAAGAGAGUGGCUUGGAGGUCAUAGACCAGCUAAAGGACCUCAAAACCCCAGCAGCAUCUGUUGCCACCACCUCCAAAACUCAGGACCAAGAACGUGAGGAUGAUCUGACUCGCAGAUUGCAGGCUUUGAGGAAUUAAAUGCAACUCUGCAUGUGUGAAAUGAACAAUUCAUACGUGUGCAAAUUAUUUUUAGAAUGAAUGAUGCCAUUAUAAGGGCAACCAAGUAGAACUGUGAUCGAUUUCUUCAGACUUGGGGAGAACUAAUCUAAAUGUUUAUAAAAACUAUGUGUUGCUGUAAACAGGAGCAUUAUUAAUUUUUUCCCCAGUCUUUUAAUACUUUAAAAUGUUAAACUUUCUAUUGACAUUUUGAAAAAAAUGAACUGAGCUAUAAGCAUUCACUGUUACCAGUGUGGGAUAAAUAUUGUGCCACUAAGAAGCUAGAGAAUGAAGUGGUUAUUCAUUUGCAGGUUGUGAAUAGCGUGACCCCCCCUCACACACACACACACAAAAUAACUGCUGCCUUAGGAGAAAAGAUGUCACAUCAUUGUUCUGGUUUUCUUAUUGAUGGCCUUUUAUGGGUAAAGAUUAGUUGAGUGACUAGUUCUGUUGCUUAGUAGCUGUUCUGUAAGAUAUCAAGCAUCAUAUUCAGGGCUUCUGCUAAGGCUAAAUUCUUUGGGGUCCCACGGACCCCUUCUUCAGAUUUUUAAGGGGUCCCUGUUCUUUGCCCAAAUUUGAAGGGGACCCCAUUGACGAAAAUUGAAGGGGUCCUCCGAACUUUUAAUGCAAUACAGUAUGCAAUUUUUUGCAUAAGCAGAAGCCCUGAUAUUAUGGUGGGACCUUGUUGGCUGCAGCCCAUUGCAGUGAAUUCUGAAGAUUGUACAACCAUGUUAAAAUAUUGCCUGCCAGAUUAUUCUUGGCAUUAUAGUCAUGAAGCAUGUUUACCCCAUGGAUUAACAACCCAGGCAGGGUAAAGUUGCCUACCUUCUUUGGAUCUAUCCACACACACCUUUUGCUUUGCAGUUAAAUUACCUGAGGAAGGCCUUGCCAGUAGCAACUAUUACAGUGUUCAUACUUUUCAAUAUGCUUUGAGGAUGGUCCGGUGGCCCAACAGUUAGUGCCUGUCAAAUCUAUAUACAGUGAGGGUUUGCUGUCCUCGGUUCAGCUCUCUUGACAUCUGUUUACAGGGCUGGCUGCCUUGCCUUGAUUGGCUUACCAAUUCCUUCCCCUUCCCCCCCAUCACCCUGUAUGCUUUGACAAUUAUUGUAUCUCCUUUCAAGACUUUCUUUAAUGCUACAAUGUUUUUCCUUUGGACAUGCAGCUAAUCCCCCACCACAAUUAAUGUAGCACUUUGUCAGCAUCUCAUUUGCUGGUUGUGUUGCUAGCUUUGCUUGAAGGGAACGCUCACUGUGCAAUUGCAUGAGGACUGCAGCCCAUCCUUGUUAAAUGUUAACAGCAGCUUAUAAAUUUAAGAGGAGUUUACCUAUCAGUUGCAAUUUACCUGCUGGGUCAUGAAUGAGCCCAGAGUAUUUUUCUUUAUGCUUGACGAGUCUUUGAUAUGUUCAUCUUUGAAAGAUCAAAGUAUAAAUUGAUAAGAUGUCAUACUGAAAAUUUAGGAUAAUGAUAAUGGUUAGGCUUGAUGAUGUAUAUAAUGUGUUUUUAAGCUUUGUGUCCCAUUGAAUGAGAUCGUGUGGGUGGGUGAAUGUGCAAAGUUUGAAUGAAACUGAGCUUCAAAUCAAUGUUUGCAUUUUUGCAGUCAUAUUCUUGGGGUGGAAUAAAAGUGCAUGUGUGCAUUCUUGAA